CAAAAUAAAUAAACCCUGCGGGUACACAUCAUAAACCGAAGAAGAAGAGGAUUAACGUUUGAACCUUCACAGACCCAGAAAUUCUCCAAACUCCAUUCCAAUGGCUUUCACUUCUUCUCUCACUUCCCAUUUUCUCUCUCUCCCAAACAAAAACCCAUCCCUAACCCCUUUUCAAUCUCAACCCUUCUUUUUCCCUACACUCCACCCAAAACCACUCUUAUCAUCACCUACUUCAAUCUCAACCGUUGCUUCAGCGUCAUCAUCGAAAAACCCUUCCAGUAACAAUAACCCUAAACAAUCUAGACAAGAUGAAGUUGUUGAGGUUGAAGUAGAAGAGGAACUUCCGUGGAUUCAAGAGAAAGCUCUCGACCUCGUUGAGUUCACCGGUUCUGUUACCCAAGCGAUUCCCGGUCCGAGAGUGGGUCCCACUUCAUUGCCGUGGAUUCUCGCCGUUCCUCUUGGUUAUGCUGGUCUUACUUUCGUUAUUGCGUUUGUUAAAACCGUUAGGAAAUUCAGUUCUCCCAAAGCACAACGCAGGAAAUUGGUUGGUAAAAAUGCGUUGUUGUGUAAGUCUGUUGAUGAUUUGUUACAAAGAGGACGAGAUGAAGUUAAGGUUGAUGAUCUCAAAGGAAUCGAAAAUAAGACAGGUUUUGUCUUGGAAGAAAUUUUGCGCAAAUACAUCCGAUAUGCUCUGAACGAGAAACCAUUUAACCCUGAUGUUGUAGCUGAUUUAAUUCAAUUAAGGAGAGCUUCUGGAUUAAAGGACUCACAAGUUGCUGAGAUUCUAAAUGAAAUUUCACGAAGAAUUGUUAGAGACAAAGGGCCUAUUGUAAUGAAUAAAUCAGGUUAUACUGAAAAGGGUUUCAAGAGAAAACUAGCUGUUCAAGCCCUUUUUGGAAAGGUCUUCUAUCUAUCUGAACUGCCAGAGUUUUGUUCAAGGGAUAGCUCCUUAUUUGUUAAGGAAAUCUUCGGAGUAACAGAUGAAGAUGCGGAUCAACUCAGAUUACACACAACUUCAGAAGCCGGCAACCUAGAUUCGCUUGAGAAGAUGGUUGAUAGUUCAGAUUCAGAAGAUUCUAGUGAGGUUUCAUAAUGCUUGAUGCAAAUAUACCCCUAGGUUUUGAAUUCACAAAAGUUGAGGAAUUGGUUCUGCAAACAAUCUUCUCAUGACCCAUGUGCUGCAAAUUCUAGAUUACCAUCGUCAUCUCCUAUCCAAAAAUGGAAGUAAAAAUAUCCAAUGUGUUGGGCAAGGUUUUUUUUCCUUAAUUUCUUUUUAGUGGUACAACUAUUGUAUACUUUCAGCUUUUUCCGGAUUAAAUUAAGAGCUUGACAUUUUCAUCAGUGUCCUAUAGGUCAGUCUUUUUUUUUGUUAGAACCAGAUAUUGUGGAGAAAUUUAAUUAACAAGUGUCAUAGAGAUAUUUUUGGUAUAUAUGUAGAAUGAUUUUGAGAA